GUGCUAAUACUUGUCCUCCAGAGUUUAUUCUAUUUGAUAUAUUCAAUUCAGAAGUAUUAGCUGAUAAUGAAAUAAAAGUACUAGUUAUUAAUAAAGCUGAAGACAAAGAGUCUGGUGAUUCCUCUCUUUCAAAUGUAUAUGAUGAUAAAUGUUCAG